AUGAGUCCGCCACCAUUUGAUUCAACUACAACUACACCUCGCCUCAGCAUGGAACAGGAGGUGGACGUCACCAACGCUAUUCAUGAGAAGAACGAAACAGAUGUCGAGAACGCAGUCGACACCCUAGAAAAGCCCGCUGUUUCCAAUGCAGAGCCCAACCUUGUCGACUGGGAUGGCAAAGAUGACCCUCACAACCCCCAGAACUACAGCAAUCUGCGCAAAUGGAUCAUCACAUUUACCAUGUCCUUUAUGACUGUGUGGAUCACCUUCGCAUCCAGCGUCUUUUCGACUGCGACCCUGGUGACUGCGAAGGAGUUCAAUGUAUCAACUGAAGUGAUGAUUCUCGGCACUAGUCUGGUUGUGUUUGGUUUCGCUCUAGGUCCCCUGCUCUGGGCACCGCUGAGUGAGCUAUACGGCCGUCGCAUCCCGCUGUUCUCAGGCUACCUCGUCUUCGCUAUCUUCCAGAUCCCUGUCGCUGUCGCCAAGAACCUCGAAACUAUCCUGGUCUGCCGAUUUCUCAUGGGUGUCUUUGGCUGCUCUCCUUUGGCCGUCGUUGGCGGUGCCCUGGCUGAUAUCUGGGACCCCGUCGAUCGCGCAGUGGCUAUCGCUCUCUUCAGUUCAGCUACUUUCAUGGGACCUGUUCUUGGCCCAAUUGUCGGUGGCUUCAUCACAGAUUCAUCUCUUGGCUGGCGUUGGACCGCAUGGAUCACCCUAAUUGCGUCCUCCUUCUUCGGUCUAAUUGCUCUCUUCGUCAUUCCCGAGACCUACGGCCCAGUCAUCUUGCAAAAGAAAGCUGCCCGUCUUCGCAAGGAAACCGGCAACUCGGCCAUUCACGCCUUCUUGGAUCUGCACGAGCCCACAUUUUCAGAUAUCGUUACCAAGUACCUCCUACGACCCUUCCAGAUGCUUACUCAAGAGCCCAUCCUGCUCGCCAUGACUAUCUACCUCGCUCUUGUUUACGGAAUCCUCUACCUCUUCUUCGAGGCCUACCCGAUUUCGUUCGGCGAAGUUCGCGGUUGGACCCACGAAGGCGUGGCUGCCCUUCCAUUCAUCGGCAUUCUUAUCGGCGUUUUGCUCGGUGCCUGUCUCAUCAUAUACACCACGAAGACUCGUUUUGCGCGCAAACUUGAAAAACAUGGCAGGGUCGUUCCCGAAGAGCGCCUCGUGCCAAUGAUGAUCGCCUCUGUGUUGCUGCCAAUCGGUCUAUUCUGGUUCGGCUGGACUUCCAACCCAAAUAUCUCCUGGGUGCCGCAGGUUAUUGCCGGCGUGCCUAUCGGUCUAGGUAUCCUGGUUAUCUUCAUGCAGGGUCUCAACUACAUUAUUGAUGUGUACAUGAUGUUCGCCAACUCCGCCAUCGCGGCGAAUACUCUCAUCCGCUCAACCAUGGGUGGCGCCUUUCCGCUCUUCGCUACACAAAUGUACAACAAUCUAGGUGUGGCUUGGGCAUCUAGCGUUCUAGGUUUCAUUACUGUCGCUAUGAUCCCCAUUCCUAUUUUGUUCUUCAUCUACGGUUCGAGAAUUCGCGCUAUGAGCAAGUUCAGUCCUAAGUUCUAG